UCCUCCUUUUUUAAGUACAAACGAAGGGAGACGAACGGAGAAGUCAAGACGCUGGAGGGGAGAUCUCUUGGGAAACGCUCUAUCGGAGAAGAUGAAGAAGGAAGGCAUCGUGAAGCUGAUCAGCGCCGAGGGCUUCGAGUUCGUGAUCGACAAGAAGGCCGCCAUGGUCUCCCAGACCAUCCGCAACAUGCUGACCUCCCCAGGGAGCUUCGCGGAAACGGAGCUCGGAGAAGUGACGUUCCCCGAGAUCAGCACCACCAUCCUCGAGAAGAUAUGCAAGUACUUCUACUGGUCCAUGCAGUACGCCAGUGGAAAGGAAACCGAGUUCCAUAUUGAACCUGAACUGACUUUGGAGCUGAUGAUGGCUGCCAACUAUUUACAUACUUGAGAAGAUCCCCAUCAUUUUUUUGGGUGACCACUCAUGAACAGAAGAAAUAUCUGGCACUUGUAUCUCUAGUAUAUGCCAUGUAUCUCAAGACGAUUCUAACGCUAGAUUCAAUAAUACGACAUUUCCCUUCACUCCUUUUCUGUUUUGCCUGCUUUCUAGUUCUCUGUCAUGUAACUGAUAUUAGUUCUCUACACAUAUCGGUUGCUUUGCCAGGUUAA